AUGGUUGAUCAAAAGAAGUACCUAUUGUUUCUGGCGACGCCUGACUCGGAGUUUGCAAAGAAGACGUACGGUGGAUACCGUAAUGUGUUUGUUUCUUUGCUAGGAGAUGAAGGAGAGCAAUGGGACUCAUUCAGAGUCGUCGACGGCGAGUUUCCCGACGAGAAGGAUCUUGAGAAGUACGACGGGUUUGUCAUCAGUGGAAGCUCUCAUGAUGCCUUUCAGGACACUGAUUGGAUCUUGAAGCUCUGUGAUAUCAUCAAUAUACUCGAUGACAUGAACAAGAAAGUUCUUGGUAUUUGCUUUGGCCACCAGCUAAUAGCUAGAGCGAAGGGAGGCAAAGUAGGGAGAGCAAGGAAAGGACCGGAGCUUUGUCUUGGGAACAUAACCAUCGUGAAAGAGGCAGUAACGCCGGAAAAUUACUUCGGCGAAGAAAUUCCGGCGAAUCUAAGGGUCAUAAAAUGCCAUCAGGAUGAAGUGUUGGAGCUGCCGGAUAGUGCAAAAUUGUUAGCCUACUCAAGCAUGUACGAGGUAGAGAUGUAUUCAAUCAAAGAUAACAUCCUAUGCAUCCAGGGACAUCCUGAGUACAACCGUGACAUCUUGUUCGAUAUUAUCGAUCGUGUUCUUGCCGGAGGCUACAUUAAGAAAGACUUUGCGGAAACGGCAAAGGAGACAAUGGAAAAGAAUGAAGCCGACAGGGAGCUUUGGCAGAAAAUUUGCAAAAACUUCCUCAAAGGGCAACCCUACUUAUUAGUUUGAUUCACAAAUUUUUAAUCCCAUUUGUAUUACACAAUAUUAUUAUAUGGGUAUUAUAGUAUACCCUUGGGUUAAACUUCAAUAUUCCAACUUUGUUUCAAAAAAAAUAAUUUAA